AUGCAAAGACCUGCACAUUUGCAUAGAGAAUGCUCAUUAAGAUCAGAAUCAAGCAAGCAAUAUUUAUCAGUAACUCUAUUAAAAAUCUCUACUUUUGACCUUUUUUAUGCUUUCGAUGCUUUUUUCCAUUUGGAUUUGUCACAGAAAUAUUUUGAAUCUAGUAAGCAAAAAUCAUUAGAAUCGCUUAAUUUUGGUAGAUUUAAAGAAAAAUUUUCUUAA